AAAAAAACUAGAGAGAGAGAGAUGAGGAGCAUGAAAGGUGAAGUUGUGUUGAACAUUCCUGCAGAGAAAGCAUGGGAGAUGUAUAUGGACGAUGGGAUAAUCAGCAAAAUAAACCCGGAAAUGCUGGCUGCUGCCGAGUACCUUCAGGGAGAUGGCAGCCCAGAAAGUGUCAGGCUUUUCAAGCUUGGCCCGGCCGUAAGCGACUAUGUCAAAGAAUCCACCCAAAAGAUUGAGAAAGUGGAGACGGGGCGUCGCGUGACAUACAGUGUCAUCAGAGGUGACCUGAAAGAGAUGUAUGAUCCAUACAAGGUCACUUUCUCAUUUAUUCCGGUUGAGGGAAAAGAACGGGAGAAAUGUAAAGCUGAAUGGAAAGUGGAGUUUGAGCCGCUCACGGCCACCACACCACCGCCAGAGAAGGCAAGGGAUGCCGCCCUUGGAUUCCUCAAGUCCUUCGAGAACUUCCAGCUUGGCUACUAGUUGGUUUUGAGCCAGUCAUGCAGUAUAAAAUAUGCUCAAAACUCAGAACCUAGAUAUAAUAAAAUGCUUAAAGCUAUAUACAAUAAUGAGUAUCUAUGCAGAUACCUGUCUCGAUAUGUUCUGCGUCUGUUACCUGUGGGACUUUAUACUUAUCAUAUUUUAAUAUAAUGUGUUAUCUUUUAGUUCA